AUGAAGUGUAUCAGCCGGCUCGCAGACCGGCAGGACCUGCGGGCCGCUCAGAAACUUAUUUCCCAGUGGAGCGGCCCGAAUCUGCCCCCCAAGUGUCCCGAGCAGCUGAGCGACCGCAGGAGGAACAAGCCGGGGCAGAGCGCCGGCAGUGUUACGAGGAUGCAGAGCUUGCAGCCGGACCCCAAAGCCCAGUACAGGAGCGUGUACGAAGCUCUGAAGAAGAUUGUCCUUACGGAAGGUUUCUGGAGGCCUUUACGUGGGAUUAAUGUCACCAUGCUGGGGGCUGGUCCUGCCCACGCCAUGUACUUUGCCUGCUAUGAAAAAAUGAAAAAGUCUCUAAGUGAUACUAUCCAGCACGGAGGAAACAGCCACUUGGCCAAUGGUAUAGCUGGGAGCGUGGCCACGCUACUCCACGACGCGGUGAUGAAUCCCGCUGAAGUGGUGAAGCAGCGGAUGCAGAUGUUCAACUCCCCCUACAAGUCCGUCCUGGCGUGCGUAAGGACAGUGCAGAAGACGGAGGGGUUCGGUGCCUUCUACCGCAGCUACACCACCCAACUCACCAUGAACGUCCCCUUCCAGGCCAUUCACUUCAUCACCUACGAAUUCAUGCAGGAGCAGAUCAACCCACGCCGGGAGUAUAACCCUCGGUCCCACAUCGUCUCCGGGGCCGUCGCGGGGGCUGUGGCCGCCGCCGCCACCACUCCUCUGGAUGUCUGCAAGACUUUGCUCAACACCCAGGAGAACAUGGCCUUGAGCUCUGUGAACAUCAGCGGGCAUCUCUCGGGCAUGGUGAACGCCUUCAAGACUGUCUAUCAGCUGGGGGGCGUCUCGGGGUAUUUCAGAGGGGUGCAGGCACGCGUCAUUUACCAGAUGCCUUCAACGGCCAUCGCCUGGUCCGUGUAUGAAUUCUUCAAGUACUUUCUCACAAAGCGGUCGCAUCCUGCCAGCGCCAACCCGGCAGCGAAAACCUUGGGGAAAGCCUCACCUGCAGAACCGAAGCCACCUCCCGGCCCAUGUUUGACAAUAAGCUGCUGCUCAUCUCUGUUGGGCGAGAGGGGGAAACCAACCUAG